AUGAUAUUCUUACCAACAGAGUUGUUAAGCCAGAUAUUUGAUUGCUUAACAAACAAGCAAGACCAAAUUUCUUCACAGCUCGUUUGCCAUGCAUGGCAUACACCAGCCAAACGCGCAUUUUAUAAACAUGUUGUCAUUAUAGAAGCGGAAAACGACAAGACUUACCCGUUUUUAAACUUCAUACAGUCUAUGUGGCUCUCAAUAUCCAUUCACAGUGACCUUCCAUUACCAGGACAAUUUGUAAAGACAUUAAGGGUAGAUUUCCAUCGGCACACAUACAGUGAUAAUAAUAUUCCCAGGGUUGCUGAUUUCCAGCUUUUAGGAAUGUCUUGCCCCAACGUCGAAGAAUUUGCUAUACCCACCUUGUUUUGGGGCCAGCUCAUAUCAUCCAACAUGAAACAAUAUUGGACAAAAUUGAACAAACUCCCCUCUUUUCAGAUUUCACAAAAUAUUCUUAAACGCAAGUACGAACUCGACCGAUUUUUUCAUUUUCAAUCCAGUUUAACACAUUUGGAAGUUACGAAUUUUUAUAUCCAUAACCUGUCACACUUUUCCCUUAUGAUACAAUCAUUUACCGCAUUGGUGGCACUCAAGAUUACUACAAAUAAACAUAAUUUCACUCAAAUGAUGCCAAUGUUGAAGGAUUGUCCAAAUAUUACAGAGUUUAGUAUGACUACAACAAGUUCAAUCCGUGAUUUACCCGUUGAUUACCCGCAACAUCCACCAAGAAUCUUGGGAAAUCAUUUUGGCCAAUCAGCAAACCAAAACGUCCUCGAACCAACAAGGCUACAAUUUCUAGAUUUAAAUGUUCGUGUAAUAUCUUUUCAUCUUAUCAAUACGAUUACACAAACCCUCCCUUGCCUGCAAAAACUUGUAUUACGCGUACAAGAACAGUCACCUGUUUUGUUCUUGGACCAGCUGAGCCGUUUCAUCACAACUCAAUUGUCUCAAUCUACAAUUCAUUUCUUUUUACCGCCUGCACCCAAUGAUCCCGUUCUUCUUAUCAAGCAAUAUAUAUCUUCCAGUAAGACUAUUGUAAAUAUGAGCUAUGAUAGUAGAUCCUCAGUCAUCACGGGUGUACCGGAUAUAUCUUAUCAUCAGCAUGAUCAAUGCAAAAGAUUAUAUCUCCGAUUUCAAGGAUCCAUUUUACCAACUAUUAAAGUCCAAGACUUGAUACACAUGAAGGUGCUGAAGGAGUAUGGUAUUUAUAUUCAUCGUCUAGAAAUUCAAUUUCCCAGUUUUUUACAAGCAGUCGAAAAAAAAUCAAUAGAAAACCCAGCAUCAGUUCAGUCCUUAUUCGAUCAUUGUCCCAAUAUAUCCAUACUUUCCAUCUCACAAUGCUACUUUGAUCUCAAAUUACAAAGUACGACAUUUUUUUUACAUUGUCUUACCUUGGAUAAGUCCUUGAUAACAGCGGAAUCACUGUACCACAUUUCUUGCCACUGUAUUCAUUUAAGAUACUUGACCCUACAAGAUUGCGAUUGGGAUCACAAAAGGAUCAUCAAUAUGCCUAAAACAGAAUUCAAGAAACUCUCGAUUCUAAAGACAUGUGAUAAUAGAUUUCAAAAAAAGGUGGCCAGAAUUAUUGUUCUAGAACCUACACGUACCACUACGGCGUUUUACUGCGUUAGUAAAUCCUAUACAUCUUUCAUGGCAACAACAACUCAGCCCAAACCUUCAUUUUCCAUCAAAAUAAUCUGUAAGGCAAUGGAUCAAUUUCGAUUUAACCAUGUCCCAUUAGUACUAUCAUGA